AUGAUCGCCAGCGAUGGACAGCUGGAUGUUUGGUGGGAUUGGAAGGAAUUUUUCAUGAUAGGAGCUUUGCCACCCAACGAAACUGUUGACUUCACUAAUGCUGCUGAACAAAGUGACAACCGCAUAGUUUCGGUCGAGAUUCCAACGACUGCCGAAACACUUCUGACAGCCGCUAAUGACCUAGUCAUUGGAAGAGCAGCUGAGAAAAUGAUACUCGCAGAGCUGUCUGCCGAGGAUUUCAGCUCCAACAAUGCCAGUAAUUCCUCGGAAGAUCGAAGCAAGGAAAAUCUGACUGGAGUUAGCACUGAAACGACACCGCAUCUUCCUCAAUUUGAAUUUUUGCCUCAGUUCGAGCAUAGCUCAUAUGACUUCAUGGUACCUGAGGGUUCUAAUCCAGCUUCCACAGUUCUGGCAGUGAUCUCCUACCUGGGACGGAAAAAUCAACCUAUGCCAAUUUUCAAGAUUUCUUUUGACAGAAUGAGAUGGUUCGAAAUUGGCGAUGUUAUAAAAAAAGAGCUGGAUAACUACGUCGAAUAUCAGGUGACAAUUAACCAACGAGCGGAAGUUUACGUGCAGUACAGUUUAACUAAACAUGGUUCAUACAAGUUCUCUAUUGAGGUGAGUUAUUACUGUAAGACUGUAGGACUUUCAGCAAACCGUCAUUAA